AUGCAAUUAACCGCACUUACCACCACCCUCUCACGCCUCCAACUCCAAGUCUCACUCCCUCCGGACACCACGAAACGACGCGCCGCCGAACAGACCUGCUUGACGCUCCUCCGCACGUGCGACACGCUCGCCACCCUCACGCGAAUCCACGCUCUCAUCCUCAAACUCGGCCUCCACCACAACCCUCUGGUCCUCACCAAGUUCGCCUCCACCGCGUCCAACCUCGAUGCCGUUCACUACGCCUCCUCCGUCACAUUCCCUGACGACCGAAAUGACGAAACCACCCCUCAACCGCGCGCCUUCCACGACGCUUUUCUCUUCAACACGUUCAUCAGAGCCUUCGCGCAAACGACGCACGCCAAGCCCCGCGCCCUGCGUCUCUACCGCGCCAUGCUCCGACACGCCGUUUCGCCGAACAAGUUCACCUUCCCGUUCGUCCUCAAGGCUUGCGCCGGCCUCGCGAGCUUGCCCUUGGGGAUGGCGGUGCACUCCGCGGUUGUGAAGUUCGGCUUCGAAGAGGAUAUCCACGUGCGGAACACCAUGAUCCACAUGUAUUGCUGCUGCGAUGAAGGGUCUGAACCAAAGUCCGCUGAGAAGGUGUUCGAUGAAAGUCCUGUCCGCGAUUUGGUGACUUGGAGCGCCAUGAUUGGAGGGUACGCACGUGCCGGGAAUUCCACACGUGCGGUCUCGUUGUUCAGAGAGAUGCAGGUAACAGGGAUGUGUCCUGACGAGAUCACCAUGGUUUUGGUUUUGUCUGCAUGUGCUGAUUUGGGUGCGCUUGAGUUGGGGAAGUGGUUGGAGUCUUAUGUUGAGAGGAAAAACAUAACGAAGUCUGUGACGUUGUGCAAUGCAAUGAUAGACAUGUUUGCGAAGUGUGGUGAUGUUGAUCGAGCUGUGAAAAUUUUCAGGGAAAUGGAAACGAGGACCAUAGUUUCAUGGACUUCGGUGAUUGUUGGUUUAGCAAUGCACGGUCGCGGAUUGGAGGCGGCUUCUGUUUUUGAUGAGAUGGUGGAACAAGGGGUGAAGCCUGAUGAUGUUGCUUUUGUUGGGGUUCUUUUUGCUUGUAGUCACUCAGGACUGGUUGAUAAGGGGCAUUACUAUUUCAAAACCAUGGAGAAUAGGUUUAACAUUGUGCCAAAGAUUGAGCACUAUGGCUGCAUGGUUGAUAUGUUGAGUAGAGCAGGGCUUGUGAAUGAGGCUGUUGAGUUUGUUCGAACCAUGCCAGUUGAGCCAAACCAGGUCAUAUGGAGAAGCAUAGUCACUGCUUGCAAUGCUCGUGGGGAGCUCAGGCUCGGUGAGAGCAUGGGGAAGGAGCUAAUCACGAGCGAGCCAAUGCAUGAGUCUAACUAUGUGCUGCUGUCAAACAUUUACGCAAAAUUGAUGCGCUGGGAGAAGAAGACCAAGGUUAGGGAGAUGAUGGAUGUGAAGGGGAUUAGGAAGAUUCCAGGGAGCACCAUGAUUGAGAUGAAUAAUGAAAUAUAUGAGUUUGUUGCUGGGGAUAAGUCACAUGAUCAGUACAAAGAGAUUUAUGAAAUGGUGGAGGAGAUGGGAAAGGAGAUUAGGAGAGCAGGUUACGUGCCUACAACAUCACAGGUGUUACUUGACAUUGAUGAAGAGGAUAAGGAAGAUGCUUUGCAUAGACACAGUGAAAAGCUUGCUAUAGCUUUUGCUCUUCUAAGUACACCCCCUGGAACACCCAUUAGAAUUGUGAAGAACUUGCGUGUUUGUGAAGAUUGCCAUUCUGCUACUAAGUUUAUUUCUAAGGUUUAUAGCCGAGAAAUUGUGGUGAGGGACCGCAAUCGCUUCCAUCAUUUCAAGAAUGGUUUGUGUUCCUGUGGAGACUUCUGGUAA